AUGGAAGUCAGGCAUGACUGGCUCUCCUCAUCCCCCCAUGAGGGCUUCGAGCAGAUGAGGCUGAAGAGCAGACCCAGGGAGCCUUCUCCAAGCCUCACCAGAGUAGGUGCGAACUUCUACAGCACUGUCAAGCAGCAGGACUACAGUGCCAGUGUCUGGCUGAGGAGGAAAGACAAACUGGAGCACUCCCAGCAAAGAUGCAUUGUGAUCUUUGCGCUGGUAUGCUGCUUUGCAAUUCUGGUUGCACUGAUAUUUUCGGCAGUGGAUAUUAUGGGAGAAGAUGAGGAUGGACUCUCAGAAAAGAACUGUCAAAAUAACUGUCGGGUUGCUCUUGUGGAAAAUAUUCCUGAAGGGAUCAACUAUUCAGACAGUGCACCAUCCCAUUUGUCUCUUUUCCAAGGCUGGAUGAAUUUGCUUAAUAUGGCUGAAAAGUCUGUUGACAUAGUAUCUUCCCAGUGGGACCUCAAUCACAGUCAUCCAUCAGCAUGCCAGGGUCAGCGUCUUUUUGAGAAAUUGCUUGAACUGGCAUCCCGAAAUAUUGAGAUAAAACUAGUGAGUGAUAUACUGCCCGUGGAAUCAAAGGUAUUAAACGACUUGAAAACAAAGGGUGCUGAAGUGUUGUAUAUGAACAUGUCAGCAUAUAAUGAAGGUCGGCUUCAGUCAUCUUUCUGGAUUGUUGACAAACAGCACGUGUACAUUGGAAGUGCCAGCCUAGACUGGAGAUCGUUGGGACAGAUGAAGGAACUUGGCGUCAUCGUAUACAACUGUAGCUGCCUGGUCCUGGAUUUGCAAAGGAUAUUUGCCCUGUAUAGCUCAUUAAGAUACAAGAAUAAAAUACCUCCGAGUUGGUCUAAGAGACUAUAUGGAGUGUACGAUACUCAGAACAAACUGACACUGCAGCUGAACGAGACAAAAUCGGAAGCUUUCGUGUCGAAUUCACCUAAACUCUUCUGCCCAAAGGACAGAGUCCUGGAUAUUGAAGCUAUAUACAGUGUUAUUGAUGAUGCGAAACAGUUUGUAUACAUAGCUGUCAUGGACUACUUGCCGAUCGUCAUUGACACCAAUGCUAAACGGUACUGGCCAUAUUUAGAUGGGAAGAUAAGAGAAGCGUUAGUUUUACGAAGUAUUAAAGUACGACUUCUCAUAAGUUUCUCAAGAGACACAGAUCCCCUUACUUUUAACUUUGUUUCGUCUUUGAAAGCUAUUUGCACUGAAGUUCCAAGCUGUAGUUUGAAAGUCAAAUUCUUUGACCUUGAGGAAGAGAGUGCAUGCUUUCUUAAAGAACAGAAGAACACUUCCCUGCCCAAAUUAAAUCGUAACAAAUAUAUGGUGACUGAUGGAGGUGCAUACAUUGGUAAUUUUGAUUGGGUAGGAAAUGCUUUUACGCAGAAUGCUGGAGCUGGCCUUGUUAUCAACCAAGCAGACGCGGGGAACAGCACAAGCAUCAUUAAGCAACUCAAGGCUGUUUUUGAAAGGGACUGGUAUUCACAUUACGCCAAAAGUUUACAACCAACAAAAAUCCCAAACUGCUUUAAUCACAAACUUAAUAAAGCAACAUCAAAUAAGACUGCCACGAGCAAUGCGAAUUAGAAAGACUAUUUUACUGUUUAGUAUGGCAAUGAAGAAUUACGUUGGGGUGUAGCCCUCUUUCAUAUUUACAGUCAAAAGACUUAAAAAGCAAAAAAAAGUUUGGUGGGGGGGUGUUUUUAGGAAAAAGCACACUUAUAUAAAAACUGUCUAAACUAUAUUCUCUAUAUUGAAUUAUUUAAGACUUUCAAAUUUGUUACUUCUGACACUGAAUGUCAUUUCUGCUUCCACGUUAAUUUUCAUGUUCCGCGUUUGAAUUUAACAGCAUGUGUCAAUUUUUCUGUUUCAGUUUUAGGACUUUCCCUAAUUGCCAUCCUGGCUAGAACGAACCUUGAGGCAAAACCAAGAUUCCAGCUAUGAAAUGGCAUUCUAAGAUCAGUUAUUAUUGACGUACAAGUAGAUGGUAGGUUUACUGUAUUAGAAAACAUAAAGGAUAAGCAAACUUUAACCCUUACAAAUCAUUCCCUUUAAAUAAAUACACAGUCAUGCAAAUACUUCCUAGUUUGGAGCAUUUAGUUUGAGUAUCACUCUUCCAUGUCUUCUAACUAGCCUUAAAAUACAUUAGAGUUACAUGACUGGUAAUUCAUUCAUCUCCUAAAAGUAUGAGAAGGUUUUAAGGGAUUGGGGUUGGCCUCAUCAAAUUCAUCAUAAUCCCUAAAGCCUCUCAGAUGAGUGGAUUUUUUUAUCAAAGUAAUGUGGAUUCCUUUCAACGUAAGUUAUUUCCAAUUAUACGUGUUUCAUCUAACAAUGAAAAUCUCUGGAUUAAUAGCAAAGACCUAGGACUGAUUUUUUUCUUUUUUUGUAAUCUCAAGAAAAUUUCUUCCCCAAGUUAAAUAUUUAUCAAGUGCGAGUCAGCAGUUGCGUGAUGACUCAUUAUCAAACCAAUGCAUAUAUAAAAAAAUUAAAUAUGGCUUUUUAGAAUGGUCAAGGGUUAUGCAAAAUCAUGCAAUAAUUGUUGAAUGAUUAUAUAGUCAUUUUCUUUGAUUUUACACCUGGAAGGUGUUUUUUUUUUCCUAACUUUUACUUAAGAAAAACCCCAACAACUGUGAAAUGGCAUUUUUUUGUUAAAACGUCAUCCAUAUAGGUGAAUACAUCAGCACAAACAGAAAUGUGAUGCCUGCAUUUAGGCCACAGUUUCAGUUGGUGUUAAUAGUGUGCCUCUACAACACAACUCAGUUGCACCAAGAAGCAACUGUUCUGUAGAAGUGUGAAUUUGCUCUUUAAAAAAAUACAUAUAAACGUUUGACAACAGAUUUUUCUCCAGUCAGAGCUGUAAUAGCUUAGUUUCCUAAUAAAAAUAUUUCAUUACUAUCCCUCUGCUUCUGCUGAAGAAAUACAGCCGUGAAGAGCCGUGAAAGCAUAAUGAGUUCUGCAUUUUGUUAAAUAUUCACAGACCUUUUUCCAAAAUGCAGACUUUUCUCACCUGGCUGUGUGUUACUGAAGGCACACUUCGAAAGCAGUGGGCAAAAAGAGAUGGAAAAUCAACUAUGUCCCAAUGUACUAUUUUAAUCUUAAGAACAAGUUAAAAACCCACCUUGACUUUCAAAACACAGGUUUCAUUUACAAAGUUAAAAAAAAGUUCAAAUUUAUUUUAAAGUAAGCACAGCUUAGGAAAUUCUAAUAAGGUAACAUAUGCACAACUUCAAAUUGCCAGCUAGAGACACACCACAAAACUAGUUAUGACUGCAAAAGGCACACUUUCGACAAAGAAUCUUUGUUUCUUUUGCAAUUGCCAAGAUCUACAUCAUCUUACUGAAAAUAAUGACAUAACAAAAAAUUUUUGAAGUUGUCAACCUUUACAGAAAAGAUUCUGCACAGCUCCAAUGCUCAACAACAUAGAAAUUUCUAAUUUUCAGAUAAACACAUGCCAUUUAUUAGCCUCCCCAAACACAGAUAGAAAAGCAUAUAUUCUGACAUUCGUGUAAGAGACAAAUAUCUA